CAAACGACCAAGGCAAGAAAAAGCUUCAUAGAAAGACGAGAAGUUUACAAAGAAUUAAGAACAGCUCUCAGGCUAGCAAUAUUCUUGUCCAACAUGGACCCUACAGAUGUGUCUAAUAACCAAACUGGAGGCCCAUUUAUCAUUGAUGAGUACAACUUGGCUCUUUGUGCCAUAGUUACUGUGGCAAUGCAAGCAUCUUUCUUCAUUAUAGCAGCAACGUGCAAGUUUGACAAAGUCACAGAUUUUGCUGGAGGAACCAAUUUUGUUGUUCUAGCUUUGCUGUCCUUCUUUCUUGCUCAGACUUACGGUGUACGUCAGAUUGUGGCUACUGUUCUGGUGUUUUUGUGGGGCAUACGCCUAUCAGGGUACCUCUUGUAUAGAAUUAUCAAGAUAGGCGAGGAUAAACGAUUUGAUGAUAAGCGAGAAAACUGCCUCAAGUUUGCCGGCUUCUGGAUUUUUCAGGCUGUAUGGGUCUUCACGGUGAGUCUACCAGUCAUCUUCAUCAAUGCUCAGAAACAUGAUGAGGGAACUUCUUUUGAGGCCCUGGACUACGUAGGAACGGUCCUGUUUGGUAUCGGUCUACUAAUCGAGACCGUUGCUGACCAACAGAAGUUUAAUUUCCGGAAUGACCCAGCUAAUAAAGGAAAAUGGUGCCAAGCAGGUCUUUGGAGCUGGUCUCGGCAUCCUAACUACUUUGGUGAGAUCAUGUUAUGGUGGGGGAUGUUCAUUAUGAGCUGUAGUGUAUUAACUAAUGUGGAAUGGAUUGCAGUUCUAAGCCCUCUAUUCAUCUCUGCUAUUCUCCUCUUCUUGAGCGGGAUCCCUCUCCUUGAAGAGAGUGCUGAUAGGAGAUAUGGAGAACUGGAUUCCUAUGUAAUCUUCAAGAAAUCAACGAGUCCAUUAAUCUUGUUCUGGCCACGUCUUUAUCAAGUUCUGCCCUCACCGGUGAAGUGUUUGUUCUGUUGUGAGUUCCCUUUCUAUAACAAUAUUGGGAAGAAUCCUCCUGAUGUUGAGGGCGCCACUGCAAAUGAGCAGACAGGGAUUGCAAGAGCAUAAGUCAGCUCAAAUCAAGUGAUUUUUUUUAUGUUCAUCUGCUAAGAGUCAUGUUCAUUGGAAAUUAAAAUGCUGAUAAAGUAAAAUGAACAGAUGAACUUAAUUGAUUUUCCUACUUUUUCUGCACUGCGAUAAAUAAUUUGGUGUCAACCACUGAUGUAAAUUCAGGCAGUGAACCUGUUGGUCAGGGGUAGGGAGGGGGAACUAUUGUGUCCCCCCCCCUGAUUAGUAUGAUGUCAUGUAUUAUCGUCUGUGGUCAGAACUCUCCUAAUAUAAACGGCACUUCUCAAAAUGAACAAAUCGAAUGGAAAAAAAAGUAGUAAUGAGAAUGGUCCUAGAAGGUGUCACUUCAACUGAACAGAUAUGAUUCACAAGUGAGAUUGCUCCUAACAUAGAGGGGCAGCUCCAAAUUAAAAUGCAGGAACUACAAAAAAAUAUUUAAAGAAAAGCUCAGAAUUCCUAAUGAUGUAUUAUGUUCAUGUAGUUACACAUUGUCAAAAUUCUUUCUUAAAUAUGUGUAAUGAUAUUUUUAGGUUAUGUUUAAUGAUGUAUUUAGGUUCAAUAUGAUUAUUUUUCCUUUUCAAUCUCUUUUAGAGCGCUAAGUGACUUAACUGUCAUUUGUGCAAUGUAAAAAUUGAGUAUUGUUAUUAUUGUAAAUCAACACUUAUAUGAAUAUGAGAAUGCUCCUAGAAUGAAGGGUGCCACUCUCAAUGAAUAGACAAGUAUAGGAGUAGCAUAAAUCAAGAAACGAAAUUGGUAAAUGAGAAUACUCCAUAACAUAGAGGGUACCAAUCCUGAUUACUAGAUAGGAAUUACACGUAUAUAAACAGGAACCAAAUCUAUGUCAGUCAAUUGAUUUUCCAAUUAUUCUGCCGUAAGCUCCCUACCUCAUUGAUGUCAACAAAAUAUCAAACAGCUAGAUAAAGCAACAACGAGCUCUUUCAAGGCAAUUGGAAACAAGUAAAAGGUCAAACGUGCACAAAGUUCCACUCUGUUUCUCUCUUGCCUCUGCGUGUUUCUUACCUGUUGGUAUGGCGCCAUAUACUGUUAAUAUUGUCAUGGAGUACUUUUCCUAUAGCUUUAAACAGGGAUGCCACUUUACCGCUUUUACACAGAAUUCAGGAAUUUCCCCGUCAUCUAUCUUAUUUCCUUUUUUUUCUCACGUUUGCCGUUUUCUAUGUAUCAGAAAAAAGUCGUAAUAUUCUCCUUACUCAUUUCCAUGUCCGAUCACAGAGAGAUACUAGUACACUUGGGCAAUUAAGUCUCAUUUUUUUUUUCAAUGUCUUUGAUGGUGUUUUCCUGUGCAGCUUUGUAUUUCCUAGUGCUAUUAUCAGUUAAAAGCGUCUCAUUCUUUCUGGACUCAUCGUCAGGUUUUAUUGGCAUUGACGAAUUCGGUUUUUGAUUACUUUAUUUGUUUAACGUCUCCCUUAAGCUUUCUUUGAAAUUGGUUGUUCACCUGCCUAAACUCGAGUUCAUUUACAAUGCCCAGUAGAUCAUUUUCAGAACUUGUGCUUUAAAAAAAUAAGCUGCCAAAAGAAUUGUUUUGAUGUUUUACAAAUCUAAAAAAAAAGUGAAAUAAAACUGCUUUUGUACUUAACACCUGAAAUAUGAAUAGGGAUUGGGUUUUCUCAGUAUUUUUCAGUUAUUUUAGGAAGAAUCUCUUUAUUUGUCUAAUCUAAAAAAAAAUAACAAGGAUGAAUUGAUAUAUUAAUGUACUUGAAAUUUAUAUUUUGAAAAUAAGAUAAGGUUCUCGAAAGGAUUGACUUUUUAUAUUUUCUACACAUUUUUUGGAGUGAAAUUAGUAUGAUGUAAUCAACAUGAAUAUGAUUUGUGUACGUAAUGAGUCAUUUUAGUUCAUGUGCACAUGUAAAACUGUAGAUGCUGUACUAUAUACAUUAUAAAAUACUAAUUUGGUAUAGAUUUUCAGUGAAACAGAACUUACCCACUUAUAAUGCGUUUAUUGCCUUGGUAGAUCUUAUAUCAUAUUCUGGUUGUCUUAAGUAUUCCCCUCCUCACAGAUGGCGAUAACUUUAUUCUUGUCACAAUGAUAAUUGGUACCAUAGUGUUGUGUUAAUGACUUUUUAUUUGUUUUCACUCGGGCAUUGACAUUUACGCGUUCAUGUAAGCAAGAUCAGUGUGUUCUACUUUUUUGUUAUACCCCUAAAUUUAUGAGAUAUUUAAUUCAAUUUUGCUAUACUCUCUUAAUUGUAUCUCUUUAUCUCUGUCUCUUUCUCUUGCUCCUGUCUUCUCUCUCUCUCUUUAUCUAUUGAUAAUGUUGUCAUCUAGUUCAAUUUAUUGUAGUUAAGUUUUGUUGGUGUACAUGUAGUUGGUAACUUUUUUAUUGUGAGCUGAUGAUGUAUAUGUAGCCCUCCUAUAUUUUGUUUAUAACAUUAAGUUAUGCUUAUACAUCAGUAUGUAUUUAACUGUUUGUAUGUUUUAUAUGAAUCAUUGUAGAUUCGAUAGAAUAUCAGGGACUGUAUUUUGAAAUGUAGUGAAAGUAAAGUGUUAACAGUAAUGUACAUUUUUUUUGUAAAUGUGACUUCGAAAUGAAAAUGAAUGUAAUUUCUACUUAAUACAAGAUAUACCUCGGGCAUUACGCACAAAGUUCAAAUUUUAUUACAGAAAAGUUAGCCAUAAUAUCAUGCUGUUUUUUUAUGAGAAAUAGUGAAGAAAUGGUAAUGAAUUUUGAAGGAAAAAAUCCAUCAAAUACUUAUAAAGAGGGGUAUGAUUUUAUGUUUAGAUAUAGUGAUGUCACAUGCAAGCAGAUACCCCAUAUGUCACAUGAUAUGAAUUUGAUUAAGACAACUCUUGUGCUGUAUCCUUUUAAUGGCAUGAAUCCCCUACAGGCACAUUGUGCCUUUGAACUAUCGCUUUCCUGCAGUCCCCAUAAUUUUGUCUAUGAUGAAAUGUAGGAUCGCUAAUGAAAGCUGUUUGUGGUAUUCAGGGCCCUGGGAACAUUUUUUUUACAGGGGGUGCUGAUGUCAAUACAUAAUAGAGGUCAAAUUGUUCCUGAAAAGUUUGAAAAGCCCCCCAAAAAAAGAAAGAAAAAAAAAACAACAGUUUUUUGCUACAAAAUGAGGGUUAUUUUGGUUACAUUUUCCAUUUCUGCCCAACUUCCAGAAUACAUGGGGUGCUGCCUGUGGAGAAUGAUACACGCAGCACCCCUGGGCUUACUGCAUAUAGAUAAUAAUACACGUAGCACACCCAAGGAAAUUGUUCUGGGUGCCUCAGCACCCCCGCUCCCAGAGCCAUGGUGCAUGGUAUUCCUGUAGGAAAGACACAGCUCUGUUUUUUUUUACAAGGUGCCUAAGUGUAAUUCAAAUCAGAAAAUACAGUAGUGCUCAGAAGUUAGUGAACCCCAACAGAAUAAUGGGAAGGUCAGGUAAUAAAAUAUAACAUUCAAUAAAGUUUGUUUCUCUGGGCUCACCGUACAUUGUAGAGUUGCUGUCUACAUUCAACACUCAGCAUGAAGGUGUGCAUUUUGUGGUGGGGUUCACUAACUUUUUAGCACCAAUGUAAAUAAUUGAAUCACCUGUGCCUUCAACAUCGAUCUCCAAUCAAACAUUUAUUUUCUUUAACAUUUUAUGAAACAAAAUAUUUUAUUCAUUAUGGGCGUUUAAGGAACUGGUAAUUUACUUUAUAUUUUGAAUGAAGAGAGGUGGAGCUUCUCAUGUAUUAUGAUAUCAUAAAUUGAAAACUUUAAAAAUUCAGCAAUCAGUUAUUCUUUUAUGGGUUAGUUAAACCUAUCUACUGGUACAUUUCUCUUACUUUCCUGCCUUUAUCAAAAUCAUAUUGACAUCAGGGUGCACUUCAGAAUACAACUAUUUUACAUGUUUUUUAUCAGUCAUUGUCAUUAAACAACUUUUUUGGUUA